AUGAGUGAUUAUCAGAUAAAAUACUAAGAAAUUAAAGGGAGUCUAGCUAUUUUAAUGUAAUAAAAUAAUGCUCUUAAAUAAUAACUUAAAGAGGCUUGUGAAGAAUUGUAAGAAAAAUAAUUGUUAAAGGAAGAAUGGGCUGAAGAAGUAUAAAGAGUUUCCGAAACAAUACAUUUAUUGUAAAGUGAAAAUGCUAGUAUUUAUUGUUUGUAUGCUAGAUUUAUUAUAAGAAAAUGAACAUUUAAAUAGAAAUUGUUUAGAAUCUAAAUAUCUUAUAGAACAAUAAAUUGAAUAAAUUACGAUUUUAAAAGAUUAGAAUGACAAAUUAGUUGUCUAAUUAGAUUAAUGCAGAUAAUAAAAUUUAUAAAAGGAAUUAAUUAUUAAAUAGCAACGAGAUGAUAAUAUAAAAUAAAUUGAAUAAUUACAAUAGCAAUAUAAUGAAGAAAUAAAAAAAUUAUAGGGUAUAAUAGAUAAUCAAAAUGGUUUAAUAUAAUCUUAUGAGAAAUUGAAUGAGAUUGACAAAUAGGAUUAAUAACAUUAUAAAUAACAAAAUUAGAUUUAAUUUGAGGAUUAAUUUAUAGAACUAAAAAAUAGAAAUUUAAUUCUUUAGAAUAAAAUAAAUGAUGAAAAAUAGAAAUAUGAUUAAUUAUAUGAGUAACAUAGAGAUGAAGUUUAAAAAUUAUAAAGUGUAAUAAAAGAAUAAAAAGAUUUAUUAAAUUAAUAUGAAAGAAUAAUAGAGAGAGAUAAAAAAUAAGCUUAAUAAUAAACACAGUUAAAUAAUACACCUGUUAAUAUGCAGUAUGAGAUAGCAUAAGUACCAUAACUAUAAUAAAUGAAAUAAGUACAUUAAUAAAUUCCUUAAUAACCUUUAUAUUCAUAACCUAAUUUAAAUUAAAAUGUCUACCAAUAAACAUUAGCAUCUCCUCUUCUUUAUGAUAAAUGCAAUUAGCCAUCACCAACUUAUUUACACACUUAACCUAAUUAUGCUUAACCUAAUUAUGCUUAACCUAUAUCACAAAGACCACCAAAAACAUUUUUUACUAACAAUAAGAUAAAUCAUUAAUUGAAUUAAAUAACAAGAGAUAAAUAAAACUCAAGAGAAUAUAAUUAAAAACGUAGUUUUCAUUUUGAUGAUGAGGAAGAUAGUAAAAGAGUAGAGAAAGAGUUUUAGGAAGAAUUCUUGAAUAAAUUUUAGAAUGUAAUUGGAAGAAUGGAAGAUAAACUAUACUAAAUGUAAAGUGAAUUAAAUAUUUCUGGUAUUUCAGAAAAACCAAAAAAAUUAAGAUGA